GAUGCUUACCUUUCAAUCAGCCGUGACUUACGUGCUUGCCUUGGCCAUUCCCGUUAUUUAUCUGACAUACCGCCAUUACGCUCGGCCUCAAACUACUCAAAUACCAGCAGAAGACUCCAAGAAGCCUUUAAAGUCCAUCAUGCAAGCCCCAAGGGAAGACCUGGCACCUCCCAAGGAUGACCCAUUCACCACAGAAGCGCUGAAGCAGUUUGAUGGUUCCAAUCCUAACAGGCCGAUCUACGUUGCGAUCAAAGGAACCAUAUUCGACGUAACCCACAAGGCGGAAGUAUACGGCCGAGGGGGGUCGUACAACAUUUUUGCGGGGAAGGAUGGCUCGCGGGGUUUGGGAAAGUCGAGUUUGAAGCCAGAAGAUGCAGUGGCAGACUACAGCGAUUUGGAUGAGACGGAUCAGAAGGUUCUUGACGAUUGGUUCUCGUUCUUCCAGAAACGGUACAACAUCGUUGGCAAGGUGGUCGACCCUCCUGUCCAGAACAACGUGGUCGACCCAGUCGACCCUCCUCCUGCCAAUAUGUAGACUCACCGACGUUAUGGAUCGAGGAUAACUUAAGCGUGUAAAGCGUUCCUAUGUAUUCGUUAUCGAUUCGGCGGAAGCACAGGUUAUGGUGUUCCAAAUUCAAGCGACCUCAAAGGGAA